CUGGCGUAGAAUGGUAAGCACAAGUGUUCCUACUUGUAGCCAAUUUAAUGCAAUUGAUAAGCUGUAGGCAAAAACAAGUUCGUACGCUCACCAAAAUAAUAAAAAAACAAAGACAUAUACAAUUUUAAUGGCUCAGUUUUUAACUUUUGCUGCGCAUAACAGUUUAAGCUGCUCAAGGCAUUGCCUCUAAGGAGACUUUCAAACAUAAAUUACCAUGCCUUUGAAAGGUAUUAAAGUAUUGGAAUUUGCCGGUCUUGCACCGGCCCCAUUCUGUGGUAAAAUUCUAGCGGACUUUGGAGCAAAGGUCACUGUUAUAGAUAGAGUGCCUGACAACUCAUUGAAUUGCUUAAAUGGUGGUAAACGUGUGCUGGCCAUUAAUUUGAAGAGACCAGAAGGGCAAAAUCUAGUUCGAAAACUGGCUGGCACACACGAUGUUAUAUUAGAACCAUUUCGUCCGGGCAUAAUGGAAAAAAUGAAUUUAGGGCCCGAUGUAUUGUGCAAGGACAAUCCCCGCCUCAUUUAUGCUCGAUUAACUGGUUUUGGCCAAGAGGGUAGACUGGCUCCUCGAGCUGGUCAUGAUAUAAAUUACGCCGCCAUUUCGGGGGUUCUCUCUAUGCUGGGGCGAAAAAACGAAAAACCUCUACCACCCAUUAAUCUGUUGGCGGAUUUCGCAGGUGGCGGUCUAAUGUGUGCUUUUGGUAUUUGUCUAGCACUUUUGGAGCGUCACCGAUCCGGUCGUGGCCAAAUUGUCGACUCAGCUAUGGUUGAUGGAGCUGCUUAUGUAGCUAGUUGGCUAUUUAUGGGAAGAAAAAUGGCUACUUUAUGGCAAGGUGAACGUGGAACGAAUUUACUCGAUGGUGGUUACUACUUUUAUGAUACAUAUGAAACAAAGGAUGGCAAAUACAUGUCUGUGGGCGCAUUGGAACCCCAGUUUUUUGAGGAGUUUAAAAAUAAGUUAGGUUUGCCACAACUUUCGCAGUUUGUAUCAGAAGAUUCAGAGAAAGAAGCCGCCAAAGCUUUAGUUACAAAAACAUUUCUCCAAAAGACUCAAGACGAAUGGACGGCAAUUUUUGAAGACAUAGACGCCUGUGUUUAUCCUGUUCUGGAUUGGUCAGAAGUAAUGCAGCACGACCAUAACAAAUGCCGCAAGGCCUUUGCCCCCUUCGAUGAGGAUAAUUCAUUAGCGCCUCAACCUGCACCACGUUUAAGUCGAACUCCGGGAGUUUUGUCUAAGGACUCCAGUAAUUCCCCCGAAGCCUUUGAGGAGGCCAUAAAAAUGGUUCGAGAGCUAAACUUAAGCAAUGAUGAGUUAAAAAGCUUGGUCAAUGAAAAAAUCUUAAUUCUACCUGCCCAUGCCAAAUUGUAAUAAACUCUAAUAAGUACAUAAAUAUAGUGUCAUAAGCAUGUAGUUGAUAUUUAUACCUUUUUUGAUAAGGUAUUUUGAUAACAGAAUGAUUUUGCAUAACGUUGUCAUAAACUCUACAAAUCCCAACAUCCCAUACGGAAUUGAAUUGAGGAAAGGUUAUAUAGAGAAUAUAAAGAAAAUAUAUAUUUUUUAAGUUUUUAAGGCUA